ACUACUUACACACGCACACACACAGAGAGAAAGAGAGAGAUACACACCUCCUCUCCUCCCUCCUCCUCCUCCCCCCCCCUCCUCCCUCCCUCCGCUCACCUCCCCGGGUUCAGGUUGAUAGUAGUGCUGCCUCUCCGGUCGCUGGCUCGCUGCGCCGUCAGAGUGAAUGCGUGUGGAUAGACCGGUCGCACUUCAGCCGGUGAGCGCUUUAACACCACUCCCUGAGAAUAAAAACCGGAGUGACGCAUUUGUGCAGCGCGACAGCGGCACUUCCUUCCCCCCUCUGACCUCCUCCCUUCCGGGUCGGAACAACGAGCGCAGCGGCGAACCAAUUCCAGUCCGGUCCGAAAGACGGUGGUCGGGCUUCGGCCUCACGUGCAUCUCUGAGGCGGGGCGACGCGGAGGUCCAGGUGUUGUGGAGGUAUGGACUGUAACUGCGUCAGUGAUCUGCUGCUCCCCCCGGUGCCCGCACUCUGGACGCCAGGGAUCGCCUUCCCAGACUGGGCCUACAAGCCUGAGUCAAGCCCCGGGUCCAGACAGAUCCAGCUCUGGCACUUCAUCCUGGAGCUGCUGCAGAAGGAGGAGUAUCAGGGGGUGAUCGCAUGGCAGGGGGACUAUGGAGAGUUUGUCAUCAAGGAUCCAGACGAGGUGGCUCGGCUGUGGGGGUUAAGGAAAUGCAAACCUCACAUGAACUAUGACAAGCUGAGCAGGGCACUAAGGUAUUACUACAACAAGCGAAUUUUGCACAAAACCAAAGGGAAGCGUUUCACCUACAAGUUUAACUUCAGUAAGGUUGUGUUGGUGAACUACCCCAUCCUGGACAUGGCCAACUCUCCCUUCUUUCUGGCCCAGAACCACUUUAACGGGGGCUCCACCGCACCAGAUUGCAGCCCAGAGGCCAUACAGUCCCUGUUUCCUCGUUUGCCAGAGUCUGGCAGGGGAACGUCCCUGUUUGAUCGUGGGACCACAGCACCAGGGCCCGAAGGAGACAAGCUGAGACUGGAUGCAUUCCCCUUCCUCAGUUCAGGUGCCCCGUGCUACACCAAACCCCCGUCCCUGCUGGGCCCGUAUCCUCGCAACCCACCCUUUGACUACCCCUGGGGCUUCAACCCCUACCUCUCAGGGGCCUUCUCUCUCAAUAACUGCCCCAAACUUCCCCCUGGCUCCCUCUACCCCUCCCAGUUUUACCCCAACCCUUUGCAGAGCAGCCUUUCUCAGCUGCCUCACCCCUUCUCCUCCCUACUCCCCCCAGGGGAAGCAGGUGGGGGUGAGAGGGGCGCAGCGGGGCAAACCGGAGGGACAAACGGCACUGCGGGUGGUCAGCCAGUCAGACUCUGCCUGCCACCCUACCCAGGGAGCCUGUCAUUGGGUCGGACGGACAUUGGCAACGGGGCGUCUUUGGGGGAAAGGGAAAGGGUGGAGGCCAAUCCUCUAGGGACGGGGCUGAGUCUUGGUCUGGGAGCAGUCGACCUGGGAGCCGGGACUGGGACAGGUCGGCAGAGCCCCACAGAGAGGAGAGGAGGGGUGAAGCAGGACCUAGAGUCCGACUCAGACCUGGAGAUCACAGAUCUGAGCGACUGCAGCUCGGACAACGAAAACGAGCACGAGUUCAGCAUCAGGAAGGAAUCCAGCCUGGGCCAGCGAUCACAGAUAGUGUUGAAUGGAAAGAAAGGGAGCGUGCUGCCACCCAUCUCCUCUCUUCCCCCGACAGUGUCCCCACAUCCUCUGAAGAGCCUGAUGCCCAUCAGUCCCCCACCCCCGUCCCUGCCUCCGUCACUUUCCCCCUCUGUGGCUCUGCAUGAAAGACACAGGGAGACAGAGACUCUCAAAAUGAUACACAGCUAAUACAUUUUCUCCCACAUCCACCAUCUUGCCAGUCUGUGCUCUGAUAACUCUCUUUUUCUCUCCUUUCUAUUCUCUGAGACACUUUUUUGAUUUAAAUUGUCAAACCCCCGAUCACGUUUGAUUCGUACUUCUUUCAGGAAACUUCUGUUUUCCUGUUUGCUGUGUUGCUGUUUAACUAGCCUACAGUCCAUUAAACUACUGACUCGUCCAUCUUAGGACAAAUAGCGCAUACAGUUUGAGGGCAUCAGCUGUCUUCAUCGCCAUCUUGUCCUUUCUGUUGUGAUCUCUCACACCAAAUGAUCCCUCCAUGGUUUGUAGACUUGUUUUACAUGUUGCCAGCAACUACUCUACAACGUGCUGUCUGCAGCCGAGCUAUGACAGAAGGCAGUGAGGUGGUAAAUUGCAACACACCGAUGCCUGCCUUGACAAACACUAACAAACAACAUCCCUAUACCAACAGAACAGAAUAACAAAUAAUGCUCAGAUCGAUCCAAUUUUACAGAUUUGUCCUGUAAUUCUUGAGAUUUAGACUCUAUAUAUAUAAAAUCACUAUAACUUUUGAGACAUAGUCAAAUACUGCCACCUGGUGGUCCUUUUAGUCAAUGUCUCCAACAAUGAAAUCACAUAACCUCCGUAAUCCUGUGAGUUAAAUUGUUGCCCCUACAUUUAUUUUGCACUUUUAAAUGAUAUUGUUUCUUGUGUGUUAAUUUAAAUGUUAAAUUCCAUAUUUCUGAGAGUUUUAACUGUGAUAGUCUGUGAGUAUUUAUUUUUGCCCUGUGGUUCAAGUAUUUCCUGCACAAGGAAGGGAAAGGAAAGAAAAAGAGAGCAGAGGGAGCUUGACCAACCUAGAAAUUUGUAUGAAUAUUUCAGUGUAUAUAUUUUAUUAUGGUGUACAUUACAUUUAAUUAUUAUUCACUAUGAUAAGAUUUAGCUGUAUUGUUGUGAUUUAAUUCAGUAUUUAAACAUGUUGGAAAAAGUAUAAGCUUAGGUGUAUAAAAGUUUAAAUUAUUAAUGACAGAAGAUCUGCACUCUGAAGAUGUUUUUCUAUGAUGAGGACAGAGUUCACACUGGGAAUUGUUUCUGGUUUUCUCGACCCCAAUUAAUUGUGCCCCUUGGUCAUUUUUGCCAGAUGUCCAACAUACGACCCCUUUGGGUUCAAAAAUAUGCCGGUAGACUUAUUUUUAUAGUUAGAAUUCACCCAGUGUAACUGUACUGUAAUUAGUCAAAUGUGAAUAAUAUUGGUCUUUGCGUUUUCUGUUUUUAAAUCCUCCCCCGAAAAUAUGCUUUAAUUAUUUUUCAAUCAGUGUUUUUUGUCCAUGCCAGCAGCAGUGCAAUUGGUUUUGCUUGAGGACAU